CUCAAUGGAAAAGAUGGUGCCGAUAAGCAUGUCUUAAAUGGGAAAAGCAGGGUCUAUAUGCAGUUUUCUAACGUUAAUUUGUGUCAUAUUUUAUUAACUGUAAUGCCGUUUGAAGUUGGAAAAAUGUCAAAUAAAAGGAAAGUUGUCAAGAGUAAAAUGUUCAUUACGGGUUGAUUAUCACCUGUUUGCAAACUACUCAACCCAUGGUGCAUUGCGGCUGCUUUACGUUCGAGUUUUGCGACGUUGUCAUGGUGUUUUGCUCCUAACGUAAGUCACCACGGUUUGGCCCUGGUAGCAACCGAAGUAGCGCAAACAUGUUUAACAAAAAAACACGGAGGAACUUUCGGCAGAGGAAAGAGAACUCCAGCGACGAGGAGGACGAGCAGAAGAACAGAGGAGACGGGGAGGAAGGGGAGAAAGCUCCAGCUGCGGUGAAUAAGCUUCCCAAACUAGCCCAGGGCCGCGGCAUUACGUGCAGCUCCAAGCGGGAAACGACGCCUCCCAAGUCGGACAGCAGCGCCGAAGAAGACGGGGAGACGGUGGAAGUGACAGAAGAAAGAGAAGAGAAGAACCAGGACAAAGAUGGGGUUAAGACGAAAACAAACUCCAUCCUCAGUUUCUCUGACGACAAAGAAGCUGAGGAGCCAACAUUUAAACUGAGAAAGUCCUCUGAUAAAGCUGUGCUGUUCAAAGUUCGGAGGAAGGAGGCUUCAGCUGCCAAUACCAGCCAAAGCACGGCCGCUGCACGUGAAGGUGUUGCAACUUCUGCUUCUCCCCGGCAAGAUUAUGGCAGUCAGGCUUCACCACGUGACAUGCACCGUUAUGAUGAUGACGAAGAUUAUGAUGAUGAUGACAGUGAUGUCAGCUCUCUCUCAGCUGCAUCAGCCACAGCCUCAGACUCCAGCUGCUCUGCUGCUAAACCAAUAGUUAUCCCCAAUGCUGAAGAGAUCAAGGCAGCCAGGCGGCAGCGUCACAACACUCAAGCCCAGAAAGAGUUCAUUUCCCUGCGUAGAGAUGGCCACAGCUCUGCUGGUAGCACCCCAGAGCACUACAGCAGGGAAGAAGAAAGAGUUGAUGAUGAUGAGCAUGAUGAUCACGAGAGAAGAAUCGAAUUUGCCCCAAGACUGAAGAGCAUCAGGGAGAGGAUUGCAGAGAAACUAGGAGAAAGCGAUGGCAGUUUCUCAGGAACUGAUGGAGAAGAGCAGAAACUUUGGGAGGAGACGCAAAUUGAGAAAGGAGUCAAGAGACUGCCAGGAGGACAGAGCCCAUCUGGCAGUGAAUCCAGCAGCUACAGCAGCAGCAGUUGCAGCAGGCGAGACAGAGGACGUCAAAAGAAGAGAUCCACAGGACUCAGAAUCCCAACUCUUCCUUCCAUCAGUAUCUCAAUGGUCAAGAAAAGAAUCACUGGAAAACUAGACUCUCUGAAGGAGGUGCACAGAGCACGGCAGGCAGAGCUGAGGAGGAUGGAGAACGAUGUUGAGGGAGCUAAAACCUCGGCAGAGAGUCUGGAGGAAAGUUCCUCAGAGAAACAGCUGAGGUUUUACAGGGCCAUGACCAUCUAUGUCCACAACCUGGUGGAGUGCCUACGAGAGAAGGUUAUGGAGAUCAACUCACUGGAAAUGGAGUUGCACUCUCUGCUGUCUGACCAGACGGAUGUGCUGUUAGCACAGAGACGAGAGAGGAUCCAGGAGCAGGCCGACCUUCUGCAGCAGCUCAGCUAUAACACAGAUGAGCAGAGUGGCGGCUCCACCAAUAGAACAGAAGCUCAAGGUGAGGUGGACUCUGGUGUGAAUGCUGAACAAGAUGUUGAUAUACCUGAGGACUCCCAACUAUCAGCCGAAGAGGAGGAGCAGCUGCAGAAGACGAUAGCUGAUAUCCUGCAGAGAUCCCAGGCAGUGUUUUCUGACGUCCAGAGCGAGUUCUGCGACGUUAAGAAGAUUCUGUCCCGAUUUGAAGAAUGGAGAGGAUCGUACUCUGACUCUUACCACAGUGCCUACAUCUCACUGUGUUUGCCCAAGUUGUUGAACCCCAUCAUCAGAAAUAACUUGCUGGCCUGGAACCCACUGAAGAGCGAUAGUGGAGACUUUGAAAACCUCCCGUGGUUCACAGCUGUUGAGACCUUUUGUCACGGUCAUGGCUACGAGGAGCUCGAACACACAGACCGAGAGACACUGUCUAAUGUCAUCGAAAAGACUGUCAUACCAAAAAUAACAGCCUACGUGGAGCUGGUGUGGGAUCCCAUGUCCCGCCAUCAGUCGGUCUGUCUGUCAGGUGUUUGUCACAGACUGAAGGACGACUAUUCCAUCUUUGAAGGAGAGCAAAGUAAACCAGUCAAGACGUUCAAGGAGGCUGUGAUCAGCCGACUGAGGAGCUGCGUGGAUGAAGAUGUCUUCAUUCCACUUUACCCCAAAAAGUUCCUAGAAGACCGGUUGUCUUCUCAGUGUCGCUUCAGGGAUCAACAGUUCUGGACGGCCAUAAAACUACUAGGUAACAUUGGAAAAUGGGAUUUUCUGCUUCCUGAGUCUGCUUUGAAGGAACUGAUGUUGGACAAACUGCUGAACCGAUACCUGAUGAUCACCAUGUGCAGCCAGACGCUGUACAACAAUGCUGUUAAGGCAUGCCGAAAGAUAGGAGACAGUCUGCCGCUCUCUUGGUUCAAAGGAGAGAAUGCAUGUCUGCCUCAGCUCCAGAAUUUCAGAAACUUUCUUGUUCAGGAAGUUCAUACCAUCUGCAAACAGCAGCCUCCUGAAGAUCCAAACACCCGGUCUUCUGUGGUUGAAGUGUUGCAGAUUUUGAGUAGGAUCAGGUGCAAUGACUCCAUUAUGGCAAUAGCAGAGAAAUACCACUAUGAAGAUGCCAUCUACACUCACCAGCUGCUGAACCAAGACACCAUAUGAACAACAAGCUAUGAAGAUCAAACUGAAAACAGUGUUAUUCUGUCAUUGUACAGCAGGAAAGGGAUGGAUUUGACAACCACACAUCCAUCUGUCUCUUUUUAGAUAACCACUGCUGUCAGACCAACACUAUUUAUAUACUGUAAAUAAGUGUGAGCCAACCAAUGGGAAUAAUAAUAAUCUGUUUAAUAAAGGACAUGGCCAAGAAAAAGGUAGAGGAAAUGUAAUUCCCCCACCUGCAUUUUAAUAGAUUUUAUUUCAGUCUGUUUUGUACAGGAGAUAACUUUCUAUGAAUAAAUAUUUGAAGUUUUAUUUAGAGUCUACA